AUGUCUACAUAUGUUAGGCAUUCCCAAAUCAGAGCCGCCCGUAGGGUGAUCUCUUCGCAAUGGAGGGUUGGCAUUAUGCAGCGCCGCUGUCUCCAGCAAGCCACUGCAAAUACGGACCCCUCGAUUAGAAAUGAACCACCCAUUGAAGGCAACGGGCAGACAGUCCGCCUCGCAGUCAAGGAUAAUAUUUCUGCACUAGGUUUCUCGACAACAUGUGCGUCUAACAUUCUCUAUGGGAACAAGACUCCCUUCGACGCCACCAUAGUCAGACAAAUAAGGCAGAGGGGCGCAGCUGUGACGGCCAAAGCCGGUAUGGAUGAAUUUGGCAUGGGCACACACUCUACAACAUCUGCAUUUGAGGAUAUCCAUAAUGUUUGCGGCCUAGAAAAGUACUCAGCUGGAGGUAGCUCUGGAGGAAGUGCUGUUGCCGUAAGGAAAGGAGAAGCCGAAUUAGCUCUCGGCACCGACACGGGAGGAUCUGUUCGCAUGCCGGCUGCAUAUACCGGUACUGUGGGGUUCAAACCGUCGUAUGGCAUGUUGUCCCGUUGGGGCGUCGUGCCCUACGCAAACUCCCUAGAUACGGUCGGACUACUUGCUAGAACCGUAGACCCCAUAGGCGCGGCCAUCGUAGAGCAAAAGCUCCACCUAGAACAUGACCCUAAUGACCCAACGUCUCUACCUUCUCACGUGCGCCAAAGAUGCACGGCGGAGCGAAGAGGCUACGACUCGUGGGAUCCAUCCCGAGAUGGCACAAUACAGGGCUUAACCUUCGGCAUCCCGAUAGAAUACAACAUCGAGGAGCUCGACCCGCGCAUACGACAAGGCUGGUUGAUGGCAGCCCAAAAGAUCGAAGAAUUAGGGGGGCGUAUCGUGCCAGUAUCAUUGCCUUCUACGAAAAAUGCACUUUCUGCAUACUACGUGAUAGCACCGGCCGAGGCAGCAUCUAACCUUGCCAAGUACGAUGGCAUUCGCUACGGUCAACGGAAUAGUGAACAAGCUAGCGACUCUUUCGAAGGCAUCUUAUAUGCAAAGACGAGGGAAACCGGCUUCGGAAGCGAAGUAAAGCGUCGCAUUUUGCUGGGGUCGUACACGCUCAGCUCAGAGGCCAUAGACAACUAUUUCAUACAAGCCCAGAAAGUCCGUCGUCUUGUCAGAAGAGAUUUCGACCGGGUCUUCAAACUAUCAAACCCUCUCGAGGAUCAACAACCUUUCGACCUCAGUGAAAUGGAAGAUACAAUACAGCUAGAAAACAAAUUCGGCCCCGCUCAAGUCGAUUUUCUUCUGUCUCCCACCGCGCCGACGACUCCACCCUUACUCGAGGACGUCAUGAGGCAAACGCCCCUGGAUUCUUAUAUGAACGAUGUCUUCACGGUUCCAGCUAGCCUUGCAGGAUUGCCCGCCAUCAGUAUUCCCAUGGAUAUCCCCGUCGAUCCAACAAAGGAGGAGCAAAAACUGCUAAACUUUGGAGGGAUGCAGCUCGUUGGGCAAUAUUGGGAUGAUGCGCGACUGCUCUCUGUGGCCGACGUUCUGGCACCUCGUAUAUUGCAACAAUCCCUCUUUUGA